AUGGAAGAAGGGGGACAGGACAAACGCGUGUUGGAUUUGUUCACCAAAGAUUCCCAUCAUCGCAACAUCACCGUCUUGUAUUUGACGCAAGAUCUAUUCCCGCCUGGCAAAUUCUCCAAGACCAUCAAUCGCAACGCGCAUUACAUUGUGGCCUUCAAAAACCCCCGAGAUCAAACGGGCAUACGGACCAUUUUACUGCAAGCCUUUCCCGACCGAUGGCGUCAAGUCUUGCGCCUAUUUAAACGCAGCACGUCCCGUCCCUUUGGCUAUUUGAUGUUGGAUGUGCAUCCGGCUUCGGAUGAUCGUUACCGAUUGUGGAGUCAUUUAACGCCCCGCGAAGGCAAGGCGCAAGUCCAUACCCUCCCCGUGGAUGUCCCUGCCGUUCGAAAACGCGCUGCAACGAGAACGCGAACGUCAACGGCGGCAAAGAGAAGGCGGACAACAACUUGGCUUAUCGGUCCGCAUGGAGACCCCGACCAUCUCGCCCGCCGGUGUGGGCUCCCCCACAGCACCUCCUCCCCUCCAGGACCUUAGCAGCAUGACGGACAUGGUGACCAAAUUGACCCGACCGGUCGAUCGAGCCCAAUUGGAUCAAGAGAUGGAGGAUUUUAACCUGACCUACCCGGUCAAUGUGGACGAUGCCUUGAAUGCGUUUACUCUACCGCCCGUGGCAGGCACAGGCACCGCCCCGGUCACCACCACCACCACCACGGCGCCGCCCCCACCCUCCAUCACCACCACCCCCACCACCACGGCGACCCAAACCCGUCCCACCACGUCCACCCGAACACGCCCCACCACCACCACGACCACCAGCUCCAGACGACCCAGACCACGCCCUGUCACCACGGCCACGACCACCACCGCUCCCUCACGCCCCUCCACCGCCCGCCGCAGCGCCGGGGCAGGGACCAGGACCACCACCUCCACGGUGACGACCCCUACAGGACGUCCCACCAUCGCGGCCAAACAACCGCGACGACGUCCCCGAGUGCCCUCUCCUCCGUCCCCGGAUUCUUCCCCUCCUCCGUCGGAUGACGACGAUGGCGAUGAUGACGAGGACGAUCGACGGCGGGGAUUAAGGCGACGGUUGGAUUUGCUCAAUGAAGAUGCUCAACAACGUGCUCGAGGGAGGCGCAUUCGCAAUAUCACGCAUACCAAUACCGUCACCACGGUGUAUGAAGAUGGGGGAGGCCGUCCUUCCGUGCGCCGCACCUCCACGCGAACCUCCAGCCCAAGUCCACCACCACCGCCACCACGCCGAGGACGUGGCCGUGGCCGUGGCCGAGCCCGUGGACGGGGUCGACGACCGUGAAUGUGAAAAAAGAUAUAAAAACAGGGUCCUUCUUUCUACCGUCCCAAAACCAUGUGUGGCCGAUGUCGAAGCGGUAUGGCCCCUGGGCGCAAACGCAAACGCACCACGACCCGGCGACAACCACCCGCCAAACGACCACGGCGUGUGACCUACAGUCAAGUGGGGGGUGUCGGGGUCGGCCUGCCUGUAGGGAUUCUCAAAGCCGGCUAUGGGAUCACCAAAGCCAUAGGGGAUCAUCAAACCAAACGUGCCAUCAAAAUUGGCGAAAAACGCCGACGGGAAGUGGCAUCAGACAAACGGAAACGCUAUGCGGGGGAAUCGUUUAAUUGUUCGAUCAUGUGAAAACGUAUAAAAAGACCUUCGUGGGCCUGAACAGGGGUUAGUUGAAAGAUGGUCCGUGGACCCAAUGGACGCCGACAUCGUUAUGUCCCCCGAAUACGACGCCGUCUACGUGGAUUGCAACGUGGAGGCGUGCUCCCCAUGCUGGUAGUGGCUCUCUCGCCUUGGGCGUUCAAGAAGAAGAAGCGCCCACAGCGGGCGCGCCGACGUUGAGGUGACCAAGAAAAGAAAAGCCGUCACGUUUGCUUUGGACUGGGACGACCAGUAUGAAGCGGCCCUGUGUUCACGGUGUCGAGAUCACAUGCAAACGCAUUAUCAUGGCGAAUUGUGUGGCAGGUGUGGGGCCAUUUUUACCAUAAAUAGACCUUGGUCCUUGCCUGAACUCAAGAUUCAUCAUGGAAUGGCGCAUGGAACGUCAAGCCCCGUUCUUGAAAAGCGUCUUACAAGAAGCCAAUCAACACAAACGACAAGAAUUGUUGCGGAUGGCGAAUGCGGAUCAGAUCAAUGCUAUAAGUGAAUUGGUGAUGAACACCCUCCGUGGCACCGUCCCCCGCUCCCGACACACCAUCACGUUGCUCAAACCCCACGCCCAGAGUUUACGCGCCAUGGCCAAACCCGCGCAUUCCGUGAAACGACGACGCGCCAUCAUGAUGGCUCAAAAAGGGGGCGCCCUCUGGCGUGAACUCGAUGUUAUAAACGUUGCAUGCGGUAGACAAGACACCUCAGUUGCACCAUGGAACCCGAGAUGGUGAGCACCACGAUAGACAACGCCCCUGCUUUUUUACAAUUAAGAGACGAGUACAAACAAGAAUUGGUGGAAGAUACCCGCUUGACCAAAGCCGCCGAUUUGGCCGCCAAACAACAUGUGCUCCUGACCAGUGAUGCCCCCGAUGCCUGGAAACGGCCUCAACUCAAAGCCGUGAGCCGUCAAUUACGCCAUUGGACCAAAAAAGUUCGCCAACCGUUUGGGGCCCCGACCGGUGGUGUGAGCGCGACAGGGGCCACGACCCCUGGCGACGAUGAUUUUGAGGCGGGCCCUAUGCAAGCGUGGUUUAGGCAAUUGGUCAAGGCGACCCAGGGUAUAAAACAAGGGUCCACGCCUGGUGGGCCCAGAAAACCACCUGUCCCGCCCAAACCGAACAUCACCCCCAGUGCCAAAAAGAAACUCAAGUUUACGCCCAAACCGAGCAGCGCGGACUUGGCGCAAGAGUUGCCUUUUUCAGAGGAUAUUGCACCGAAACCUUGGGAUACCCCAACUUUAGCUGUCAAGCAUAAAAUCAGAAAGAAAGCCGCUGCUGUAGCCAAAAAGAAAGCCGCAGGUCUGGCCAAGAAAGCGUUGGAUUGGAAAACGUGGAAAACC